CCCAUGUCGAGGAUCUUGUGACUUCGUUCAAUGAGGGGCAGGCACAGCAGGCAUAUCGUACAGGCAAGUAUUAUCGUCACCCCGCUAUAGUUGAACCGAUAGAUAGAUAGACAGACCCUCCUCCGCUUUUCCCCCUCUCCUCCUCCUCCUGCUCCCUUCCUCGCAAAUUUGUUUCCCGCCUGUGACGAUACUCUAGCUAGCUACCCCGCGAAACCAUGCCACCCCGCGUACCGACCGCGGGCACAACGACCUCGGAGCCCAGUCCGAACCCGAUCCCCGUGAGCGACCCGGGUCUGCCGCACCCCACAUCGACGGCCUCAUUCUGGCACGCCCCGCCAUCAAGCUUCCUGCACGCGCACCGGACGACGCCGUCGCUGCCUUCCUCGGUGACGACGUUAAUAAUCGGCUCUGGUCUCGCAGGCUCCAUGCUAUUCCACCACCUGCAGUCGUCGCUCGGGCCCUCCUCCUCCUCCAGCUCGACGCUCAUGCUCGAAGCGCGGAACACGUGCUGGGGCGCGACGGGCCGCAACGGCGGCCACUGCAAGCCGAUGCUGUACCAGUCGGGCGACUUCAUCGAGCUGUGCAGCGCGUAUGGCGAGGGCGAGGCGCUGGCCCGCAUCAAGUUCGAACAGCUGAACUUCGAGCUCAUGCGUGAAUACAUCGAGGGGGAGGGGGUGGAUUGCGAGUGGGUCGCUACGCCCUCCGCCGAUGUGUUCUACGAGGCGGAGCCGCUCGACCGUGCGAAGAGGAAUAUCGACCUGCUGCGAAAAGUGGCGCCGGAUGUGGCACGCAGGCUGAGGGUCGUCGAGGGCAGGAGGGAGCUGAGAGAGAGUCUUAGGACCCCGACGGCGCUGGGCGCGGUCACGUUCACCGCUGGGAAGCUGAGCCCGUAUAAACUCGUUUCGCAUAUUCUCGAGAAGGGGGUGAGGACGCAGUGGCUGAAUCUGCAGACUACUACGCCGGCGACGAGGGUUUCACGGUCGGCUGGCAAUGAUGGGAAUAGGUGGGCGGUCGAGACGCCAAGGGGAACGGUGCUGGCGGAUAGAGUUGUUUUCGCGACGAAUGCACACACCGCUCACUUGCUGCCCGCGUUCAAGGGGUGGAUAUAUCCCGUGCGGGCUCAGAUGGCUGCACUCAUCCCGCCGAAGAGUCUCAAGGACCGGCCAUUAACGCACACCUACGGCCUCGUCCGCCACGACCGGAAGACGGCAUGCUAUCUUAUCCAGCGGCCGGUGGAUGAAGACGGUGGCGGAGGCGAGCUAAUGCUCGGCGGCGGGCGGGAAUUCGAAGAAAAUCACGGCGUCGGCAUGCAGGACGGCAGCAUCAAUCCGCAAGUUGCACACGGCCUCCGCACCUCGAUACCAGGAUACUUCGCGGACGAGACCGGGUACGAAACCGACGACUUUGCAGAUACGCGCGAGUUAAGGAAGAGCUUUAUCGAGAAGUUUCGGCGGCUGCGGCUGGGUGGUGCCGCCGGACACGACGUGUGGGAUGCCGCCGAGUGGCUGGGAGUUCCCGAGGACGAGGAGGACUUGGACUUGGAGAGGUGGAAGCCCGCACCGGCAAGGAAAGAGUGCAGGGCAAAAACGGAAUGGUCCGGGACUAUGGGGUUCAGCCGCGACGGGCGGCCGUUCGUGGGAAAAGUCCCCGCCGUGGGCGAGGAGGAUGCGGAGCGGUUGGAAAUCGAACGGAUGGAUGAUACACGCGGGCUGUGGAUGCUGGCGGGCUUCGAGGGCCAUGGAAUGGCAUUCACGUCGGGCUCGGCGAAGGCACUCGCAACCAUGAUCGCCGCCGCGGCCGACUCGAGGAAGAACGGAACCGCAGCAGCAGACUCAGAAUCACUGUACGAAUGGUUCCCCCGGACCUUUGAGGUUACUCCCGCAAGACUCGGCCUGGCGGAGGUCGAGAAUUGGGAAGAGGUACAGCAGUAUGACGACUGGGAAAUCAUCGAUGAGGAGGGCUAGGAGCUCGUCUCAUCCUGAACCGAUCGGUCUGUUUUGCGGUUGUGUUGUCUGCGGGGACGAGGGUGGGUGUUAUUGGCACUUGACUGGAUACUCUGCUCUGCUCUUCUCUACACGGUACGAAUACCUAUUUCUCUCACAGUGAAUACCUAUCCUCUCUUCACCAGACGGAUGGACAUCCAUCCAUCCAUCCAUCCAUCCAUCCAUCCAUCCAUCCAUCCAUCCA